CGAUAAGUUUGAGUUACUCUUACAGAACCAUAGAUCUUUAUCCCAAUCGGGCAGCCGCCCACGAUGGCCGAUUGAUCAAUUCCGGGCUCACCGCCCUUGAUAUGCCGGUCUUAAACCGAUUCAUGUUGAUGGAUGAUGGUUGAUGGAUAGACUCUUCAACUCACGGUUCUUCAGGGAACAUAUUGACCCAUACUAUAGAACAACCACACCAUGUCGCUUCCGCCGCCCAUCCCGGUCGAUCCGGCCAUGUUAGUGGACCAGCCCCAUCCCGAUUCCGACAUCGACUCCGACUAUGAAUAUGAAUAUCAUCCCACCGAAACUGAGACCGUCUACCUCACCCUUGACCUCACUUCUCUUCACGGCCCACUUCGACCGCCUCGCCGUCGACAACCUUCCGCGACUGCCGCCUCAUCAGCAACAGCCACCAACAUCUCCGACGAGCCCGAUGCCGCUGACUUCACUCAUGUCGAGUCCCCAUCCGACGGCCUACAGAUCCUUGGGCUUCACACCCCAAAUCCCAUAAUAUCAUACCAGAACCAAAUCUUCAGCGGCACCUGGGCCGACCAACUUGGCACGGACCUGAUCUUUGCUCGUCCAGACGAAGGCAGGAGAGGAGGAGCAGAGGAACGACCAGGGGAGACUGCACCUCACGACCCGUACAGUACCCACCGCACAGAUCACUCCGACGCUCCUCUCCGUCACGGUCACAACUACGACCUCCUCGCCGCCCCCAGCAUCAAGAUUAUAGGUCGCAAAGCCAACCUCAUCUCCGCUAGCCAAUCCUCAGCGGUAGCGACGGCGGCAGCAGCAGCAACAGCAUCAGCAACACCGGGAUCGGAUGAAGGGCUAGACCCUAGCCCUCCAGGACGGUCUGACCAUCCCCCGGCCGGCUUGGCACCCACCGUAUCAACGACCGGGAUCAUCCGUGCCCCCAACCACCCCGCAAGCAACCAAAUGCGGUUCCUCGAACGUUUGGCCAGUCUGAAGCGGAGCAAGGGGGAGACGGACACGGUGCGGACCGUCUUCAGCACCAAACGGAUCCAGUCGGACCAUGCAUCGUCGCUGGGCGGGCGGGCGCUCGGCUGGGCGCGCACCGACGAACAGCUGGCGGAAAUCCAGCGCUUGAAUGAGCUGGCGUUGCAGGGUGAUGCGGCUGCGAUGGCGGAGCUGGAGGCGCUGUACACCCGGCUGGGUGAGGAUGUUGAGAGGGAGGUGGAGAGCGAUGACGACGAUGAUGGCAAUGAUCAUGAUAUUGAGAUGGGAGGCGUGGAGGGACAGCCGGAGGUUGCGGGUGAGGAUCCCACGCGGGGUCCAAGUCACGACCAGUACCUUGACCCGGAAGAGUUACUCUCACAGGCUCGUCGAGAUACUCAGCAGCUGCAGCCUUGAUCCAUGCAUGCUCUUUGAUUGACUGUACAGCAUCUCCUGGUCAGGACGCUUGAUCCUCUUCGAUGGGGUCACGUGAGAGGUCCAUCUCUCAAAGGGGAAACAAGCUUUAAUAGUCACGAGUACUAUUUCCACCACACUGCCCGGCGGGCUCACUCGGCCCUACCGAGGCUCGCCA